AUGAAUGAUGAUGCCACAGCUACCCGCGCUGUAACCACGAAACUCGCCGAUGAAGGCCAUCAAGUCGUCCUUGUGAUGCACUCCUAUGGCGGAAUACCCGGUACAGAGAGCGCGGAAGAGCUCGGCUGCGAAUUCUGCCAGAACGCAGGCAAGCCUGGUGGGAGUAUCGCGCUUGUCUAUCUAGCCGCAUACUUCCUCACGAAGGGGAUGGGCCACAUGGUUCUGGGCGGUUUGAUCUUCCAUGACAAGAUGGCAGCCCUCGAGACCUUCUACAACGACUUCACGCCGGAGAUGGAUCCCCUGGGGUGGGAAUCGACGUUACAGACGCAGUCCGCAACAACCAUGCGCAGGGGAACUCGGUUACGAGUCGUACCGCGAUGUCCCAACGACAUAUUUAUUCUGUACGCAGGACAGAGCGAUCCCGAUUGA